AGAGAAGCAAUUUACAGAGCAUGCGCACUACGAAACCAUAAUAAAUACGUCUGAAUCAAACCAAAUAGCGUAGCUAACGCAAAAUCCUACGCAUAAUUUGUUUUCUAAAGCUCAUGCUUGAUUUGAAUUAGAAUAUUUACGCUGGUUUUUACGUAAGAGCUUUUGUGAAUGCUUCCUGUAACGUUCUACACAGAAAAUAUUAGCAUUAUUGUCUUAGUCAAAGCAGACAUGAAGAAUAAAGAUUGACUUAACUUCACCACUGUGUGCCAUGGAGUUUCUCCCAGUGCUUGACCCGCUUGAUAGACCUAAAGAAGGAAUCUGGUAUUCAUUGAUACCAAGUGGAAGCACCCCAGGGGUUGGUGUGGGUCAUACCUGCACGUUUGUUCCCUCUGAAGAUGGAGGAAAAGGAAGAAUAGUUAUUGUUGGGGGAGCUAAUCCCAGUGGCAGUUUUUCAGAGUCAUAUGCUAUAAAUCUAGAUAAUCAUGAAUGGAUCACAUCCGACUGGAAAGGUUUAGAAGCCCGAUAUGAACACUGCAGUUUUGUGUCUGAAAGCUGUCCACAGUGCCUGUGGGUGUUUGGUGGGGCACAGCAGACGGGGAAUCGCAAAUGUAUCCAGAAACUACAGCUUUCUGACAAGGAGCCUCAGUGGAAAAAUGUAGAAGCAAAAGGGGAGCUUCCCAGUCCCAGGACGUACCACACCAGCUCAGCCUGCAUAGGGGACAAACUGUAUGUGUUUUCUGGUGGGGAAGCAGGCGCUGCACCCGUCUCAGACACCAAACUUCAUGUGUUUGAUACAGUUUCUUCCACUUGGUUUCAACCAGAAACACAAGGUGGGCAACCGGCGUCCAGACACGGACACGUCAUAGCUGCUGUUGGCUCGAAGAUUUAUAUUCAUGGAGGCAUGGCUGGAGAUAAGUUCUUCAGUGAUAUGUAUUCUCUUGACUCAUGGAUCAUGAAGUGGGAGAAAGUGCAGUCAAAAGGAGAUAUCCCACCAGCCGUUGCAGCCCAUUCGGCUGUGGUACAGGGUGCAAACGUCUAUAUAUUUGGAGGGCUGACUGUAGACGGCGCCGUCAACUCAAUGUACAGAUUUAAUACUGAUAAGAGCAGAUGGACCCUAAUGAAAUUUGGAGAUUUGCCACCAAACCGCCUGGACCACUCCAUGUGUUUAUUGCCAUGGCAGUUGUGUAGGGAGAGGAAUGCAGAUGGGACGCAGACCAACAGUCCAGACUUUGAAACCAUCAAUCUGGCUUUUGCAUUUGGAGGAAUGGACACCCACGGCGUUAUUUAUAAUGACUGCAUUGUGACCGUUGUCAAGUAAACUUUUGCCAUUCAAGGUUCAUGUCAGUUCCUGCAAAUUCCAGAAGUCACUGAUUUUUAGAGCUGCCUGUAUGUUUAACUCUUGACAGCUUUUACAUGUAGGUUUCAAAUUUCAAUGUACAACUUUCAGUGUUACCAGAAGUCUUUUAAACUAUUCUCACCAUUAGAAUUCUAAUUUUCUCCAGGAUGACAGUUUCAAGUAGAAUUCUAUUCUGUUGCAAAUGUCAUUUUUAAUCAUUUCGAUCCUAUUAUGUUAAAUUUGAAUUUAAAGCCAUAAGUUAACUCUGUGCCAACCCUGAAUUUUGUGUUGAAGGAAAUCCUAUCCAACAAGUAUCAAAUUAAUGCAGCAUGAGACCACCAGCUAAUAGUUUGUAUGAAACAUUUAUUUCAGUGUCUUUCCAGAAGUACAAUAAAUAACUUUGAGCAUU